CAAAAUGUAAAUAAAAGAUUUAUUAUAUUAAAUUAUAUGCGUUUUAUUUUUUCUAUUUUAUUAAUUCAAAAAUUUAAAGAAAGUCUCCAUUUCUAUAUAAAUUAUAAAAAAAUAAAUAUCUUAACUAAGGAAAACUUAUAUUAUUUAUUUUUUAUUAAUAAGAUAAUAGACCGCUUUUAUAAUAUUAAGAUUUUUAUUAAAAUUAAUAUAUAA